UCGACGAAUGUGCUUCCACUCCGUGUAUGGCUAAUGAAGAUUGUAUUGAUGCAGUGAACAUGUAUACUUGUACGUGCUCUGCUGGUUAUGCUGGGACUCCGUGUGCAGAUAUCGACGAAUGUGCUUCCACUCCGUGUAUGGCUAAUGAAGAUUGUAUUGAUGCAGUGAACAUGUAUACUUGUGCGUGCUCUGCUGGUUAUGCUGGGACUCCGUGUGCAGUUGAUUGUUCUGUUACCAACACAUGUAUGAACGGAGGUACCUGUCAUGCCACUGGCGAUGCAUGUAUAUGUGAUGCGGGAUAUACUGGAGAUUUGUGUGGUACAGGGCCUCUUCAAGGAUUGUCAGACAACGAAACUUGUUUUCGAGAUUUUUACUUCUUCUAA